UCUACUCUCAUGUUUCUCUCGUUUGUGUAGUGAUCCUUCAUUACUGACGCAUUUGAUGCUGUGUGUGAAAGACAUGUGAAGUGCCAUCGUGCUAAGCCACUGGAUGAGUGUUCUACGAACAAGAGGCCGCGCUACUCUUCAACGAGCCAAGUAUGGCCAUGUGUCUUUACUGCAAGAAGAGGACAAAGAAGUCGAAGAAGGCACGCAACAUUGAUAGUGCAUCGCCCUGUGUGGCUGGUGGCCACUGUUCCUAGUGGUGGAAGAAGAAGAAGAAGAUAGUGCGCGGAAGAAGAAGAAGCAGAAGGUUCCCAGAACUGCCGUUGAACUAUGAAGGCCCUUAUUGACCGAGAGAGAGAAAGAGAGAAUGACCUCAACCUAUUCGAGAAAGAAAUGAGCGUCUUGAUGGUCCUCUGCGUCACGCUCGUGGCAGGAUUAUGCCGCGCUAUGAAGAGCGUUGUCAACAUUCCCAUCGUGGCUGUGGUGGUGGCUUUAGGGUUUGGGGCGGGAUUCCUAGUCAGCAAGUAUGACGUCAAGGAGACCCUCCUUCCGGUCACGGACAACCACGUGCAAGAACUGCUGUUUCUGUACAUGCCCACUAUGGUGUUCACUGCUGCGUUUAGUCUGCGUUACCACCUCUUCUGGCAGUGCUUCUAUCAGUGUUCCCUCAUGGGCGUUGCGGGACUCGGCUUCAGCACGAUGCUCUACGUGUUGUACAUGUUUGGAACACAGGACCAAGAGAAGAAAAACCGUACGAGCCGAGAGCUGUUCCUCAUCAGUUUGGUGACUUGCAGCCCAGAGCCUAUGUUCUCCUCAGACGUCAACAUACUUUCCUCAGCGAGGUCUCACAUUCUAGAAACAAUCAUAAUGGGCGAACCACUGAUUGGCGUGACGGUUGUGUGGAGUGCUUUUCACCUGAUGUACCUGAGGAACGCCCUAACCCCAUACGAGUUCUGUAUGAACCUACUGUGCACCCUGACUGUGGGUCCAAUCCUGGGCAAGCUCGUGGGCCACUUGCUGGCGUUCCUUCUCAUCACUCUGUCUCAAGACCUGCCGAUUUGUUUUGUCGUGUCUCUCGUUACCGUGUUUGGAACGUGGGCCUUUUCCGAGACCUUUCUUUAUGGGGCCGGAGUCACCACCAUAAUCUCUUUGGCGCUGACGACCAACGCUUCUUCGGCGUCGACCAUCUUGAACCCAGUCGUGCUUCGAAAGUUCUGGAUGCUGCUGCGCUUUGGAUUCAACGUGAUCAUCGUCUUUAUAACAUCGUACAAGAUCGGUCGGGACACGAGACCUUACCUCUCAUCGAAAGACAUGAUGAGCCCCAUCAAUGCUUACGUCGCUAAAAUCGGUGUUAGGUUUAUCACAACCAUCGUGCUGUACCCGGCCCUUGCGACGGUGGGGUAUGAUUUGACCUGGCAACAAUGUCUCAUCGUUGCUUGGGCCAACUUCAAAGGCGCCCUUAUGAUUGGUCUUCGCUUAUCUAAGACAUUUCCAAACCUCGAUCUCGUUUUUGCGCUCAAGGAAGAGUUCGUGAGACUGGGUACAUUAUUCCUGGUGCAGCUCCUCAAUACAACGACGCUACCGAAGCUCAUGUCCAUGCUUGGCCUGACGACGUUGUCAGACGUGGAGAAGGCCAACAUGAACAUGGUGAUUCUUGCCCUCCGGAACACUGCUCGUUCCUCCAUCAACUUUCAGCGUAGGGACAAGAAGUUCUCCGGGGCUGAUUGGAAGUGGAUUCAGAUCCACACCUACAUCGAGAAUCCUUACGCCGGUGCCGAAGAGGAAGAGCAUGUUUAUGAACACACGGACACGUACGUCCCAGCAAGAGUUUACCGUAACGCAGCAGCUCGAAAGGCCAGCUCCAGCAUUUUGAGGCUGCAAAAGGUGUGCUACAACAAGCAGUACGAAAGUGGCAUGAUUCACAAAAAGACCAAGACCACAAUCCUGGCAGCGCUACAGUAUCCAAUGGAGAAAGAAACAUAUCUCAACUACCAAAUGAUGCAGCCCUACAUAACCUUACCAGAAUGGAUUUAUAAGCUGAAAUUGCUGGUGCAAAAGUUCGCUGGCUUUGAGGCGAUUGAGAAGCGCCGUUGCAUAUCUCGGUCCCACUUUGAGGACGACGAGGAAGAGAUCCCGGAACCGAUGCAUCUUCUCUGUGCCAUGGUGAAAGAAGGCUGGUACCACGUCCUGGUAGGCUUCGUGGCCCUCGGAUUCUCUCUGCUCUUGGCAGGGAUGGCAAUUUAUCUGGAUCAGAGCCGCUCUGGACGAGGCUACACCAUGUCGCUCAUCGUUACCAUACAGGGCAUCUACGUGCUCAUCUACUCUCUAGAAAUGGUCCUGACGGUCUACACGUACAGUGGCACAUUACGAGUGGGCAAGGACGCUUGGAAGCAAGUGGACGUCACCCUCUUCCUGCUGGUGGUGAUAGAAUUCGUGCUCAUCAGCCUCGUCACCAUUCAAACGACGAAACCCAGUCGGGCAUACGCGCUGUUUCUUCAGAUCAGCUUCAUAACACUCAUCGCUUGUCGGACCAUCAAGACCCUGCAGAAACGAGUGGUGAUGUUUCUCUGGGUCCUGGACUUGUUGGACGGCGUGUUGAACAGGAAGCUUUUCUACGCGUACGAUCUGAGCUGGGCGUACAUCACCGCCGAAGAUGAAGCCAUGGCUAAAGUCUUCCGCUUUGUUCCAACGCCGCUGCUUGCGCUCAUGAUCCGAGAGAACAGCGGCUACAAUAAGUUGCAGACCUUAAAGAAUGUUGUUGACAUUCAACAACGAUACCCGAACAUCGAGGUAUCGACGAAAACGCGCCAAGCGGCACGAAGGAUCCUCAACAAGGCCCUCGAUGGCCUCAAGGAGCUACACGAAGGCGGUCUUCUGGACGACAAGCAGUACAGCCUUCUAUAUGGCAACUUGACGUGGAUGAUCCAGAAAGCUGACGGUAUGCCCACCAACAUCAUUGUCGGAAAUGCCCCCCUCUGCACCAUGCUGAGUGUACCAUGGCUCACAAGAGACGUAGUCCCCAGCCUCUUGAGGUCCUUCUACCAGUUCUUCGAAGAAGGAAAGGCCUUGGUUGAACGUGACCAGAUGCACCAGUCUGUUCACAUCAUCUGCUCAGGGAUCGUUCGGGUGAGCGGCAUAAAUGAGGAACCGUGGAAUCGCUCCGGCCACCUGAAGAACUCGGACUCUACGCACUACUACUUCAGCGAGGGUCCCUUCCAGGACUACUUAGUGGCACCGGAGACUCUUGGGCUGCUGGGAUUCCUCACCGGCAAGCAUUGCGUUUCGGACGCUUACUGCGAGACCGAUGUCGAGAUGUGUUGCAUACCGAUGAACGUUAUGACAACGCUGGUCGAGCAACACCCGGAGCCACCGAGCCUUGUCUAUCGUAUGUGGUUCAGCAUCGCCAUUCGGAUAGGUCUCGCUGUUCUGCUGAACCAAAAGUGCUACCAGGAAUGGUCACAUGACAAGCUGAAGCGGUUCUUGGAAAGCGGGAUUAUGCCGAACUUGUAUUACGCCAUUGACUUCUCCCUGGACGACGCCGUACAAGACGUCAUCCUCGUACAAGGCCUAGUCCAGUGCGUAAAGACUCAAGAGACUUUUACCGGGCCGACGUACAUUCCGCCAACAGUCCGCGAUAUGUUUCUACCGGGCAAUCCCCUGGAGAGGCCGAGACCCAUCAUGCUGAUUACCACCAUGAUGCGAUAUCAUCUGCCGACGGAGCUCGAUUGGAUGCACCAGUCACUGAGGCAUUACGAUUACAUACGGAAGUCACGUAACACUCUCUCGAACACGGAAUAGUCGUAUGAAAGAGAAUAAUCUAUUAAAAUAUUCGUGGUUAUCCCCUCGAAGCCGA